CUAAGGAUACUGGGGUUGAACUUCCUGGGUCAGACUCUGCUGCUGCCGCCUCCAUUGUGAGCCAGGAGCCCGCGCUGAACAGCUGCCGCUGCUCAGCGGGGUCUGUGCGGGGAGAGCCCUUCCCUAGCGCCCCUCGGGGCCCAGACGGGGGGACUUUCUCCGGGGGCUGGAACCAGCCCCUGGGGCAGCCCCGGCCUCUGCCGACACCAGCCCCUGAGCCGGAGCCUGCAGGCACACAAAAGUGGCCUGGGCGCUUUGCAGAAAGAAGUAUAUGUAUAUAGUCCACAGCCAAUUCAUAUAUUCUACGGCCGGAAGGGACCAUUUUGAUCAUCUAGGCUGAUCUCUUUCAACACACAGCUGUGAGUGACAAGAAGGAGAACAGUCUGAGAUGGAGGAACCAUACAAGAUGUCUCUGACAAGAUCCAAAGGCAAUGUUUCUGAGAGCCCUGAGCAGGAAAAAACCCCUAGGAGUCCAGGCGAAUCAGAAGCACAGCAGCAAAACACUCCAGAGGAAAGUAAAUCUGCUCACAGUGGGCGAGGUGUGAGGAAACGCAAAGGUACCAUCGUCCGUCGGAGAACAUUCAUGGGGGAGAGGCCCAACAUCUGCAUUGAGUGCGGGAAAAGCUUCCUUCAGAGCUCAGACCUUAUUAACCAUCGGCGAAUCCACACGGGGGAGAAACCCUAUAAAUGCAUUGACUGCGGGAAGAGCUUCAGUGUCAGCUCAAACCUUAUCCGACACCAGAGAACCCACACGGGAGAGAAACCCUAUAACUGCCCUGACUGUGGGAAAAACUUCACGGACAAGUCGACCCUGACCCAGCACCAGCGCGUCCACACGGGUGAGAAGCCCUAUAAAUGCAUUGACUGUGGGAAAAGCUUCAGCCGCAGCUCCCACCACAAGAGGCAUCUGAGGAGUCCUCCAGGGAAGAGGCAGGGUAAAUGCACUCACCGGGAAAGCACUACUGUUGGGAAGGUCAAAGAAACCAAAGCGUCAAAGAAGAGAACCUCAACCAUUGAGAUCCCCAACACGUGCGCUGAAUGCUGGCAAAGCUUCAGCCAGAACUCGGACCUGGUCAAACACAUGAGGAUCCACACAGGAGAGAAACCCUACGAGUGUCCCGACUGUGGAAAAAGAUUCAAUGUCAGCUCAAACCUGAUCAGACACCAGAGGAUCCACACGGGAGAGAAGCCCUACACGUGCUCUGACUGCGGUAAAAGCUUCACUGACAAAUCUACCCUGACCCAGCAUCACCGGAUCCACACGGGAGAGAAACCCUACAUAUGCACUUACUGCGGGAAAAGCUUUAGUCACAGCUCCCACCACAAAAGACAUGAGAAAAUCCACAAGGGAAGGAACUCGGUGUCCUUCCUGCCAUUGUGGCCCUACCCCACUCAAACGUUCUAAAGAAUGGGGUGCAUACUAAAGAGCCAGAAGGCGGAUUGGGGUGAAAUACACAGAGAGAGAAAGUGAGCACCCUGGAGAGUGUGACCUGGAGAGUAGGAACUGCUACAUGUCAUCAGACCGGCAGUCAAACUACUCCAGUCCCAUUUCCAAAAGUUGCUAUUAACCACAUACCUCAAAGGAAGGUGUGAAACUCCCAUAAGGGACAAUUUUGCAAUAACCUGUCCCUGGGGGGAAAGUGGCUACCUGUUCCCAGGCUGUUAAUUGUUUGGCUUAUAUCCUCAAUAUAAAGAUCCCUUAGAAACCUUUAUCUUAGCCAUGGUAACUGUUGAUGAUAUUUUUUAUCAUUCCCAUAGAUGUGUCUAAUUCCCUUUUUUUGGAAUCCUACUCUUGUUCUCCAUAACAUCUUGUGACGCUUGCAAUGGGGUACAACUGAAUGUAAGGAGCUGAAUCGUUAUCCAGGGAAGCCAAUACACCGAAGAUGUCACCCAGGAAAUCCAAGAGGAAUGUGAGCCAGAGCCCUGAGCAGGACAAACCCUGUGAGAGCCAGUGCAGGCCAGAGGAGCCAGAUCCCAUGAAGAAGAGACCAGUGAAACUCAUCCAAGGAAUUAAGAAGCGAAAGGACUUUGUGGUGCACCAGGGAACCCAGACAGAGGAGAGCCCCAAUAUCUGCAUCGAGUGUGGGAAAAGCUUUACCCAGAACUCCAGCCUCAUCAACCACCGUAGAACCCACACGGAUGAGAAGCCCUACAAAUGCCCUGACUGUGGGAAAUGCUUCGGCGUCAGCUCCAGCCUCAGCAGGCACCAGCGCAUCCACACAGGUGAGAAGCCCUAUGCCUGCCCUGACUGCGGGAAGAGCUUCAGCGACAAGUCCAACCUAACCCAGCACCAGCGUGUCCACACGGGUGAGAAGCCCUACAAGUGUAUUGACUGCGGGAAGAGCUUCAGCCGCAGCUCCCACAAGAAGAAGCACCUGCGGCACCUGAUGGGCAAGAGGCCAGGCAAGUGUUCAUCACCGCAGCAGCGUGAGGGUGCCAUGGGGAAGGCCAAGGCCAGGAGGAAGGUGGAGGUGCUGAACACGUGCACCGAGUGCUGGCAGAGCUUCAGCCAGAAUGCCGAUCUCAUCAAGCACAUGAGGAUCCACACGGGCGAGAAGCCCUUCAAAUGUACUGACUGCGGGAAGAGCUUCAGUGUCAGCUCCAACCUCUUCCGGCACCAGCGCAUCCACACCGGGGAGAAACCCUACACAUGCUCUGACUGUGGGAAAAGCUUCACUGACAAGUCCACCCUGACCCAGCACCAGCGCAUCCACACGGGCGAGAAGCCCUACAUCUGCACCUUCUGUGGGAAGGGCUUCAGCCACAGCUCCCACCACAAGAGACACGAGAAAAUCCACAAGGGCGAGAACCCGCUACUGACCUUCCCCACCCAGACAUUCUGAACAGCUCGAGGUUUGAGGAUCAUGCAGGGAUCAGUGUGGGCUCCACUGUGGGGAGCUGUCUGCAUGGUGGGGAUUUGUCUUCUGGAGAUUAGGAACGGCCACAGAGAUUGCAUAGAUGUUCAGAACAGAAGGGACCAUUAGAUCAUCUAGUCUGACUUCCUGCACAUCACAUGCCUGAGAAUCUAAUCCAGUGAUUCCUGCAUCCAGCCCAGUAACUUGUGGUUGAGUGAGAAAGUGUGUUUUAGAAGGAGGAAUCCAAAAUCAGUUUAAAUACUCCAAGUUAUGGAGAAUCCACCACAGCCUUUGGGAUCUGUUCCCAGGGUUCACUACAAUCCCGUAAAAUCUUACCUCUUAUUUUCAGUUUGAACACUGCUGACUUCAGCUCCCAGCCACUGGAACUUUGCUAGAGUAAUGAGUCCUCUGGUAUCAGCAAUAUGAUCCUCAUGUAGGUACCUAGAGGCUGUGAUUAGAUCCCCUCUUAACCUACCCUUCAAUAGCUAGAACUCCGUAAGUUUCCUUUCACUGUAAGGCAUGUUACAAAUCAUUCUGUGUAGCCCUUCUCUGAAUCCUCUGCAGUUUUGCAACAGCCUUUUUAAAGUGUGGACACUGGAACUGACACAGCACUCCAGAAUGGUCUCUCAUCCAUAGGAUCAGAGCAAUUGUCCUUCUACUGCCAUCACCUGUCUCCAAAAGUGGCUAUUACCAACUCCCUCAAAGAAAGGUGUGAAACUCCCCUAAUGAAAAGUUUUCCAGUAGCCUACUCAUGGGGAAAAGCUGUCGCAUCUAUCCAGGAAAUGGAUGGAUGGCUUCUGCUCUUUACAUAAGCACCCCUUAUAAAUGUUCCUCCUAGCCAUUGUAACUAAGGACGGUAUUUCUGUCCUUCACAUCAAUGUCUAAUGUCAAUGCUACUGCUUGCCUCCAUACACCUUGUGGCAGAGAUUUCCACAGGUUGUUUCUGCAUUGUGUAGAGUAGCAUGUCUAUCAGUUUUACAUUUUCUGUCUCAGUUUCAUUGACUGUACCCUUUUUCUUGUAUGGAGAGAGAGGGCAAAUAGGAGCACCUUCUCUAUCCCAUUCAUUGUUUUAUACACCUCUACUAUGUCUUCUCAUUAAUCUCGUCUCUGACACGGUUCCAAUCUUUUCAUUCUCUCGUCAUACAAAAAUCUCUUCGGGGCCUGUAAUUAUUCUUGUCACCCAUCUCUGAAUACCUUCCGUUUCUCCUAUGUCCUCUCUGAGAUGGGGUGACCAGAACUACACACACCAUUGAUUUAUAUAGUGGCAUUAGAAUAUUCUCAGUAUUAUUUUCUAUCCAACUGUUUAUAUGUCUUGUGUGUGUGUGUGUUUCUUUGUUAGCCACUGCUGCACAUUGUGCAGAGCUUUUCAUUCAGUUGUCCACCAAGCCUUGUAGGCCUUUUUCCUGAGAUGUUACUAGCAUUGUGUAUGAGUAGUUCAUCUUGUUCCUUUUCAUAGGCCAUGUAGUGCCAUUAAUUUUUAAGCAGCUCUCCCUAAUCAAGUGAAUGGAGAGUUAUAAAAAAAUCUCGUAUCUAUCUAUAGUACGGUUUUGAUAGCACCCAUCACCAUAGUAUCUAAGCACUUCCUAGAUAAAUUGAAUCUUCAUUAAAAAAUAUGAAGGCAUGCUGUUGUCUGGUGCAUUACCUCACACUUGUCUGCACUGCAUUCACUCUGCUAUCACAUUGCCUCAGCUUUGCUAGAUCCCUCUGCACUCAGCCUCCUUUAUACGUGACUAAACUAAAAUAAUUUUGUGUCAUCUGCAAAUGUUGUCACCUCACUGCUCACCCUGUUCCUUAGAUCAGUAAUAAAUAUAUUAAACCACAGGGUGCCCUACCUAUCAUUUUCAUCGCCUCUAAUGCGCAUCUCCUCUUUGCUGUGUCAGCAUCUCUCUGUGCCUUGUUCUGACACACCACUCCUCUUCAGAGUCCCCUCUGUCCUAUCCUUUGUCCUGAGUUGCGGGGUGAGCUCUAGGCAGCCAAUAGCAUUCUCAGCUUUUUAUUUGCAUUACAGUCCAGCCUAGAGUCCCUAACUGAGAUCAGGGCCGCACUGUGCGGGAGCUGCACAUACACAUGUUGAGAGACAGUGCCUCCCCCAAAGAGCUCACAGGCUAAAUGGACAAGACAGACAAAUAGGGGAGGGGAACAGAGGGCAGGUCUACACUUAAAAUGCUGCAGCGGCACAGUUGCACUGCAGCAGUUUCAGUGAAGACACUAUUAUGCCGACGGGAAAGCUUCUCUCCUUGGCAUAUUUAAUCCACCUCCACGAGAUUUUUCACACCCCUGAGUGACGUAGUUAUACCGAUUGUAAGUUUAUAGUGUAGACCUGGCCAGAGACCCAGAGAGGGGUAAGGGACUUGCCUGAGGUCACCCACCUGACCAGUGGCAGGACUGGGAAUAGAAUGCUUUUGCUCUCUUGAGUUGUCCAGAGUGAAAUUACCCAGAGUCUCGUCCUUACUUAGUCUUACUCCUAUCGUCUCCUUAAAAACAAACCAGAUAUAUUCAAAAUAGAGAAACUAUUCUAGUAAACUCAAAGAAACGAAUUGCAUGACAUAUCUAGAUGUAAACUUCUUAUAAACUACACUAGAUGACGUACUCUCAGCUUAGUUACAGAAGACUAAAAGGAAAAUAUGUUAAAUUUCUAGACAUCAGGAAAUUUCUCUACACAGGAAAGUUUUACCAGUUAUAAACGUUUUACUAUUAUACCAGUUAAACCCCCAUGUGGACAGUUUUACUGCAGUAUAGGAGUGACUUUUUUCAGCUUAUUUUAAACCCUGUCCCAAGCGACAUAAGCUAUACCAGAAAAAAGCUGCUUUAACUGGAGUAGCUGUCCACAUGGUGAGAUAUAUACGCUGGUUUAAAUUCACACUAGCCUAUACCAAAAAAAUCUUUCCUGUGUAGAUGAGGCCUGACAUUCUGUUUGUCAGAGCCCAGCUAUCCGCCAUCCAUCUCCUUUAACCCCCAGGGUCUUUUCCUCUGUGAUCUGUGUUUCAAGAUCCUUGUCAGUGUUUCAGUUCUUUUGAUAUGCCUGGGUUAGUGAUUCUCAGCCAUUGAUACCCCUCACAAAGGCGAUUUCUUGCGAAUUUCUUGCAGUUUGUUUGCAUGACAGACAGCUCCUGUCCCCAGCCUCAUAGUUCUUUGUGGGCAAAUCCACAAGAGGUGUUUGUUACCCAUUCAUCAGGUAUGCUAAUUAACCUCCUUCCAAAUGGUUAACUUGGGUCAGAUCCAUUAAACAUCUCUCUUUCUGCAUUUAUGAAUGUAGCUGAUAGACCUUCAUAAUAUAACUCUAUUCCAUAUUAUAUGUUAUUGGUAUUAGAUCAGCACCUCGAGACCCCAACCAAGAUUAGGCCCCUUUGUUCUGGGCGCUGACACAUAGUGAGAGACAGUCCCUGCCCCAAAGAACAUGAGGAUAUAGGAAUUGCCAGACUGGAUUAGAUCAUGGUCCAUCUAGUCUAGCCUCCAACAGUGGCCAGCCCAGAUGCUUCAGAGGAAAGUGAAGAAGCUCUGCAGUGAGUAGUUAUAGGCUUAUGUAUCUCCAGGAAAACUUUGCUCUUAACCCUGAAUCGUUAAGUUCCAAAGCCUGAGGCUUCAUACCCCUCCAAAACCUGUUUGGAGAUGUUUAGUAUUUACUCUGAAUAUUCUUGUCUGUAUAUAGAGCUUAUUAUCCAAAUAGAGAUGGGAGGGGAAACGACUUGUCCAAGCUCACAGAGCAGGUCAGAAGCAGACCCUUCAUUUGGUGGCUCCUAGGCCAGUGCUCCAUUCCUCAGACCACACUGCUUCCCACGACUCACUCAGCAGCUCCUUCCCACUGUCAGCCCACUGCCAAUCUUCUGGGCUGGAAAACUGACCACUGAGCUCUGCUCUUUGUGCCCUUUCCCUUCCCAGUAUACAAUCCAUGACAACACUUCACCACUCACCCCACGAUGUCUUGGUUCCCUUCAUGGCUUCUUGGAGGAGCUUUGCCAACAGCUUUCUGGAAGUUGGAAUAAAGGAUGUCACCUGGAUCUUCUUCAUCCACUGUUCUGCUGAGGUGCUCUAGAGAAUCCCAGUAGGUUCCUUUGGUCAGAUCCCUUCAUAUCAUCCUCAUUUAGGUUCAGAUUAUUUUAGUGCCCGUUUUAAUCCAUGUAGCUGGUAUGGUAGCUGGUCUGUAAUCUCUGCCUCUUCCCUAGCAUCUCUUUUAAUACAACAGUCUUCAGCUCCUCCUUUAUAGUAGGUAACUUGAAUGGUUUUAAAUUAUAUUUAAAUAUUUUGGCUCAGCUGCAUCCUCAGGAGUUUGGGAGGCAGAGCUAGUAUAGUGUAAAUGAUGUUUGUUCCAGAACCUCCUCUUUUGACACCUCAGUCUCUGACAGUGCCUUAUCUUUGCUACCUGCACAGAGAGCCUGGGGUAGGUUUCUCCACAACACUCUCUGGGAUGGAGCCUGAGGCAAAGAAACCCCAUAGCUUCUCGGCAAUGUCCUUGCCCUCCGAGAUAGCUUCUGUUUCACCCAGGUGAUGGAACAGCCAUUCCCCAAGUGUGGCUCAAGGGACUCUGGCCUUUGGUCCAGACAGCUGGCUGCUCCCAUGCCUGUCUCUCCCUCUGGCCUGCCAGCGGCUACUCCAGUUGUUUUUGGCGCUUCAUGGCGAGCCUGACAGCCUUGAAAAGUAGCUCGGAAUAAGGAGGAGGAGCCAGACUAGCUGCCCCUGUACAUGAAGGGAGAGGAAAUGGGAAUGGUGUCAGGCAAUGGGAGAGGAGGUGGGGCCUGGGCAAUGGGGACCAGGAUAGGAAACAGGACACAAGACAAUCUGUUAAGAGGGGUAAAAAGAUUUGAGGGGCCGAGGUCUAAUGGGCCCACUGACUUGUGCAACCUUCCUACUUCUGGGGUUAGUGAAGAAUUUCCAGUUAAGUGUCUUUAUGUCUUUGACUUCCCAGAUUGCCUCUUCUCCCUCCUAAUUCCCCCCUCACUGUUUAUGUUCCUUUCUGUUGGCUGCCCACAGGCUGACUUUACACUGUGUGAAUGAUUCCUGCUGAGUGCAAAUAAACUCUUCUACCUUGGCAUUUAAUUACA